CCCGGUUCGAGGGGCUGACAGCUUGACACGUGGGGCAUGAGCGAAUGUAUGCUUUGACGUCGGCGGAGCAGGGAAGGCCAAUAGAAGAAGCGGGAGAUGGUGUUGAAGGUUUUCUGGAAACCGAGGUGUCCGGCGGUCUUGGCGUCGUGGUGCUCGACCAAGAGUUGAGUACGGAGACCACGUGCGUCGGGGAUGCAAAUCCGGCGAGUGCCUUUGGUAUCGAUGUAGAGAAGGUUGUCGUGAAGGGAGUAGUCGGGGACUGGGUCAAGAUCGCGGAGCUUGUUGUAGAUGGUGGCGAAGUCUUGGCAAGAGAGGUAGCCUUGGCGGGGUUGGCGUGGAGUGAUAUCUUUCUUGGAGAGGAUGGAGGAGACGAUGGUGUUGUCAGUGCGGAUGGUGAAGUAUUGCCCAUCGAGGUACGGACGCCAGACUGUGAGAGCAUGAAUCACGGCGAGGAUUUCCUUCUCGUUGGAGGGGUAAUUCAUCUCCGCGGGAAGGAGCUUCUUGCUUGCAAAGGCGAUGGGGAAUUCCCCAGGUGGAGCCUCGGGGUGAGUGGGCGAGUCCUCGAUGGAGGGGGUCUCGACGGUGUUGCGGGGGAUAUGUUGGGACAGUACGGCUCCAAUGGCGAAGUCGGAGGUGUCAGUGAUGACAGAAAAUGGCAGGUGGGGUCGGCGAUCUCAAGGACAGGGGCCGUGGUGAUGGUUUGCUUGAAAUUUUUGCUCUCGGAGGAUCGAGAGGACUUGGCUGCGGUGUUGAAGGUGGGACUCAAAGGUGGGGCUGAAGACAAGGAUGUCAUCAAGGUAGAUGACAACACAGACUUCGAGGAGGUUGCGGAAGAUGUGGUUCAUAGUAGAUUGGAAGGUAGCGGGGGCAUUGGUGAGUCCGAAUGGCAUCACGACGAAGUCGUAGUGCUCGAACCGAGAGCGGAAGGCGGUCUUGUGGGUGUCCUCGCGGAUAUGGAUCUGGUGGAAGCCACUGCGAAGGUCGAUCUUGGUAAAGUACUUGGCUCCACGGAGACUAUCAAGGAGCUCGGAAAUCUGAGGUGUGGUGAACUCGUCCGAGGAACGGAUGGAGGUGGUGUCUUAAGAGGUGAUGUGAUGGAAAAAGCGGGUGCGGGAUGGGGCGGGCGCGGGCUGGUGAUGGGGGUGGAGGAGUCGAUCGUGGUGAAGCAUGCGAGAGAGGAGGUCAGCAAGGGGCAUGUCGGGUUCGUGGGCGAGGGCGGUUGCAAGGUCUUUGUGGCAUACUCGUUUGAUGCGGGAGAUGAACACAAAGUCGGGAAUGAUGGUGGUGGGGAGGUGGUGGCGGAGGGAGCGGACGUAUUGGACGAAGCAGUCCGUGGGACCGGUCUCGCGGAGGUGGCAGAAUUGGUGGAGGGCGUAGAGGUGGUGGAUGUGGUGGUAGAGGUUUGGAGGAGUGGAGGAGGUCGGCGGGGGGGUGUGGCUGGAGGCGGCUGUGGACGUGGGGGUGGUGGUGGUGACUACCUGGAUGGACGGGGUAGUGGUUUGGGACUCGAGGGUGGUGGAUGUGGGCACGGUCGUAGAGAGGUCACACGGUUGGAUAGGCCAGAGAUAUUGGCUUCAAUUUUGGUGAUGGACGCGCGGAUGUCCGUUUGGAAAGAGGACAUCAUGCGAAUGAGGGUGGCGAUAUCGGUGGCAAUAGGCUCGGAUCUUUGUUCGCCCGUAAGUUCGCGAGCCUCGAGCGAGGCUGUCAACAGACUGGGUGUUGAAGGCAGUCAUAUCGAUGCUGGAGGAUUGGGCCAUGUUGGGGGAAUGGAUGCGGUGGCUAAGGCGACGAUUGCGGAUGAAGUGGAGGCGGCCACUGCGGCAGCGGCGGUGGCGGUUGUGCAUUGGGAGGUCUUGGUUUGGCAUGGUGGCAUGUGGAGAUGUAGGUGUCGCAGGGGUGGGGGUGGGGAUGGUAUUUACAACAUUAAUUGAUUUAUUCAAAAAUAAGUAAAGGUUUUUGCCAAAACAAUAAUGAAUAAAAUGAGAAUUA